AUGGAUUUGUCGCUGCCCAAAGUGCUCUGCAUCUGCUUCAUUGUCAGUUUCUUCCGCUUCCAAAAGACCGCCUGCAAUCUUCUGUGUCUCUACAGUGUGCGGUACGACGCGGUCGCAAAAAGAUUCUCUCAAGGCAAACAGUGGCUUGUAUACUGUUUUUACGCCAUCAAUUUGUUUUCUAUUAUUGGUAUUUUGACUUUCCACAUAUACAGUAAGCUUAUCUACAUCGUGCCCUUCCUCUAUUACGUUCAGCACAAGAAGGCGAUGCUCAAAACUCUCAACGAGAUAACUGAGGUGCACCUGGAGCUGCAGUCCCUCCUGGGUCGCCUGUUCUGUGUGGAGGUGAAGCGGGCCGUCCUCUGCUCUUAUAUAGUAGUCUUCGAAAUUCUUAGUGUGGCCUGCUGGCAACUGGCUAACUUUGAUUAUGAUGAGACUUUAUUUGCAACUGGCUAUUUUUUGUUUUGGCUUCUUCAGCCGCUGCUGCAAAUGAACAGCUACGUUUGGUUGCUAGCCGUCUAUAUGACCAUGCACCAGGUACUAUCUGCCCCCAAACUGACCAGCAGGGAGCGGUGGAAGAUGGCGAAAUCAUUACUGAAAAUCCAUCGGAAAUUGGGAUCUAUUCAGAGGGAUGUAGCCUCAUAUUUCAGUGUGUACCUUAUGUCGGUGAUGGUAACCCUUUGGGAGAUCUAUGCCAGGAUACUGAUCUUCGAAGCCGGUAUCAGCGCGGAGGUCAAUAGUCUCAUACUAAUGAACCUAAAAUUUUGGCAGAUCAAGUUCCUGGCCCUCACACUCCUUCUGAUCGCUACUUUGCUUUUUCUGAUGAAAGACUUCAAGUCCGAGCGGGAUAAUUUCGUGAAAGAGUUGGGAUCCUCCGGGUUGUUGAUCCAAAGAAUCGGAGACUUCAGGAAGCGCAAAGUUUCUAGAAUGCGCUAUAAACAGACUCUGGACGUGGUCGAUUUGUUGGUAAGCAUCUCGUCAAAUACAAGAAUAAGCAAAACACUAAUAAAAGACCCCUUAGCUGCGUACUGGAAAUGGGCCCAAAGAUCUGCUCUGUCCAAAUAUACCCAUCAUGGAACUUCGAAUCGAUGAUCGUACGUUAUUCGUCUCGGAAACACCGGCAUUCGUUUAUUACCUCGGCCUUCUGGGCCUUAUUGGUUUCCUUAUACCUUUCGGGGCUAUGUCGAACGGAUUUCACUUAUCGUUGGACGAUUCGUCUCAAAUGGCGUACUCUUGCGACAUAACAAAUUAUACAAGGCCGCAGUCCGUGGUGCUGAGCCGUGCAUUAGGCGAAU